UUAAAUCACUUCUCUCUUCUUGUAUAAAUAGCUGCUUCUUCUGCUCUAUCUUCAAGCAAAAUUUAGAAAUCUAAGCAACAUACCCACUUCUCUCCUUGUUCAUCCUAAGUCAAAGAAGCAGAAAAUGGCUAUUCAAAUGAUGCAAACUAUGUCAUUUUUUAUUUUCUUUCUAUUCAGCUUAUGUUUUCAUGGCAUCAAUGGAGACUACGGUAGCUGGCAAGUUGCACAUGCCACAUUUUAUGGUGGCAGUGAUGCUUCUGGCACAAUGGGGGGAGCAUGUGGGUAUGGAAACUUGUACAGUCAAGGCUAUGGAACAGCCACUGCAGCUCUAAGCACGGCUCUUUUCAACAGUGGCUUAAGUUGCGGUGCUUGCUACCAGAUACGCUGCAACAAUGAUCCUCAAUGGUGCCUCUCCGGUACCAUCACCGUCACUGCCACCAACUUUUGCCCUCCCAACUACGCAUUGGCCAAUGAAAAUGGCGGCUGGUGCAAUCCCCCUCUCCAACACUUCGAUUUGGCCGAGCCCGCCUUCUUGAAAAUUGCACAAUAUCGCGCUGGAAUCGUCCCCGUCCUCUUCAAAAGGGUACCAUGUAUGAAGAAAGGAGGCAUAAGAUUCACCAUCAAUGGCCAUUCAUACUUCAACUUGGUUUUGAUAACGAAUGUGGGUGGUGCCGGGGACAUCACGGCGGUAUCCAUUAAGGGGUCGAGAACAGGAUGGCUACAAAUGUCAAGAAAUUGGGGCCAAAACUGGCAAAGCAAUUCCUAUCUGAAUGGCCAAAGCCUCUCAUUCAAACUAACAACUAGCGAUGGAAGGACUGUGACAAGCUACAAUGUUGUGCCUGGUAAUUGGCAAUUUGGACAAACUUUUGAAGGAGGCCAAUUUUAGUGAUUAAUGUAAAGUCUAAAGUCGUAAGAAGUAGUAGAGACAUGUGAUGGGGUUUAAGCUGAGGUGACAAAAAUUGCACCCGCUAUGCUUUAUUAUAUUUUAAGAAGGUUUUUAUGAUAUAUAAGUGAUUAU